GAAUAGGAGGAUUUUCUUCUCCUGGUAGUUUAGGUGGUGGUUCUUCCUCUACCAAGAGUGCUUACCCUGAUGAGAAAAAGAGUUCAACAAAAGAUACUCCGGUAAGUUCUUCAAAACCAGCAGCGAAACCAUCAACUAAAAGUACUGAACCCUCUUCUCUUUCGGAAAUAAUUGAUGAAGUAAAAAACAAAAAUAGUAAUGGUGAAGAUUGGUCUCCCGAAGAAAAAGAAACUAUUGAAAAAAUUCUAACGGAAAACAUGGCAACUGAUAAUAACAAUGAUAAAGAGGAAGAAAAAUCUAGCAAAAUCACUAACAUGGAGCAAAUUAAAUUAGUACAAGAGUUUUUAACGAAAGCAAAGCAGGCUCAAAAAAUUAAAUCUUAUUCAAAAGAGGCCAAAGAAUUAUAUAAUUGGUUAAACGAGCAAAAGACCGAACAUCACCAAAUCUAUCUAAUG